AUGGAUCAAUUGAUUGGUGCUGUUGUGAAUGAAUAUAAAUUCGUUAAACUAUUAGGUAUUGGAUCAAUGGCGAAGUAACAAUUUUAAUAAUGAUAGUGUCUAUCAAGUAUAGGAUGUGAAUACAUAAGUUUAUUAUGCCAUAAAAGUGUAUACUUGUAUUAGUAGUGAUAUCAGAAGUCAUAAUGAAACAAUAAUCUUGGAGAAAUUGAGUCAUCCAAAUAUAAUAGGAAUAAAGAAAAAUUAACAAUUUAAAUUCAAGGUAAAAUUUAAGUUAUUAUUGAUAUAGGGAGAAUCAGGUGAGAAUUUAAUUUUGGAUUGUUUAAUCUUAGAAUAUUUGGAUAAAGGAGAUCUAUUUGAAUUUAUAGCUAAGACUGGCUGUUUUGGGGAGAGUCUUUGUCGUUACUAUUUUAAAUAAUUGACUUUAACAAUUGAUUUCAUCCAUAGUAAGGGAUUAGUUCAUAGAAAUUUAAAAUUAGAGUCGAUAUUAUUAGAUAGAAAAUUUAAUCUAAAACUAUGUAAUUUUGCUUGUGCAUAAUAUUCAAAUAAAUAUAAGGAUGGCAAAUUGAAAACCAAAGUAGGGACGAAAAGUAUUAAUAAAUAAAAUAAUAUAAAGAUUAUUAAGCACCAGAAGUUUUUUAUGGAGCCAUAUAUGAUGGAGUUAAAGUUGAUAUUUUUUCAUUAGGAGUCAUAUUGUUUAUAAUGUAUAAGGGUUAACCACCAUUUUUAAAAGCUAAUUAAUAAGAUGCAUUAUACAAUUUGAUAAUUUAGGAGAAUUAUAAGUAAUUUUGGGAAAUACAUUCAUAAAAAAUUGAAUUUUCUUUUGAUUUCAAGUAUAUAUAUAUAUAUUAUUAUUAAGGGAACUCUUUUUGGGUAUGAUAAAUCCAAAUCCAGAUAAAAGAUUUAAUAUGAAUGAAAUUAAGAAUUCUAAAUGGUUUGGAGGAAUCUCUAAAACAAUUUAAGAUGCGUUUGAAGAGAUGGUAAAUAGAGAGAAAUUUAUUCUAAAUGUGUGAUUUGUUAUAUAAUAAUUUAAAUAUU